ACAUGACUAGGCUGAUGGGUCUAUGUGGAGAUGGCAUCUGUAAACACUGUGGAGCUCUUAACACCAUGCAGGUAGUGUUCUUGUUUACAGUCUGCUCUGGACAUGUUCCAUCUUUGUUUUUCCACAUGGUUGAGUCGUUCUCAGAAGUUCUGGAAGCCAAUGGAAAAUGUGCCAUCUCACAAGACCUCGAGCACGAACAGGCCUCUAGAGUUUGCUGGAAAUGACAAGUCAAGGUAAACAGUGUCGUGUGAAGGUCUCGGUCAAACUCUAAUAAUGUCCUGCUAAUUCUUUAUUUGAUGGCCACACAACUGAACCAGGACUGAGCUACGGUACACUAAUGAUGAGAAUUACAUUUUAUGUAAUUACCUUUACAUCAAUAUUUGUGUCAGUUUCUUGUCAAAGCACAUAAUUUCCCCCCAAAUUUCAAUACACAUUACAUAUUACAUAUAUAGAUUACUGCUCAGAAGUUUGGGGUCAGUAUGUUUUUUUAGAGGAAAGAAUGAAUACUUUUAUUCAGCAAGGUUGUAUUAAAUUGAUUAAGUAAGAGUGAAAGUAAAGAUAUUUGCAGUAUGAUGUUUCAAAAGAUUUCGAUUUCAAAUAAAUGCAGUAAUUUUAAACUUUUAAACAACAUGUUUUGAUCAAACACAAUAAAUGCAGUAAAAGAGACUUAUGAGGUAUAUAAAAAUAAAACACAAUAAACACAUCAAUAACACAUGAUAAAUACAUAAACACAUUUUCUUAUUAACAAGACAACUUUAGAGAACACUCAAGAGUCCAAUGUGUCCGUGCACCUAACCUCAUUCAACAAGUGAGUGUCUUUCUCAUAAUCGAGAGCUAAAUUUAGCACCCAAAACCUGCCACUUCACACACAUGCACCGCACAUGCCCGCUUUAAUGACCACACUUUAAUGGCUGCAGACAAUUUCCCCUCUAUUUACUCUAGAGAGUCCAAAGCUCAGGUGGUGCCCAGUGACCAGGCAACUGAGUGGAUGGAUAAAAGGAGCAGGCUGAACUCAUGCAGGUCGUCGCUGAGAUGACAAUCCGGAUUCAAGAUACUGAAAACAAGAUUAAGAGAUUUUACGAAUAGCAGUUUGUGCCUGCUUAGACUCAUAAUGUUACCUAAAAACUGAAAACAUGAACGAGGAUCCGUAAUAUUGCUGUUUUAGAACAGUAGUAAUGGAAGUCUUGUAUGGUUAUGGGAUCAGCAGUACGUUAUACCUGCAGAUGCAUUAUGGACAUGCCCAGAGCUGGUUUACAUUUGUGUCUACAAUGGCUGACCUGCGCACAACAUUUUUAUACUUUUUUCCCAUUUGGUUUCAUCUACAAUCAGCAGUGGGAGUAAAGCUGGUCUGGGUUGCUGUUGUGGGAGACUGGCUCAACUUAGUCCUCAAGUGGCUUAUGUUUGGCGAGCGUCCUUAUUGGUGGGUUAAAGAAACUGUUUAUUAUGGGAACUUGACUGUACCACAAAUCAAACAGUUCCCCAUGACAUGCGAGACCGGCCCUGGAAGUCCCUCCGGUCAUGCGAUGGGAGCUGCAGGAGUUUACUAUGCCAUGGUCACAUCACUCCUGACAAUUUUGCAGGAAUGUGACCCCCUUAAAAGAUGGUGCUUGCAGGGUCUUCUUUGGGCCCUUUUCUGGGGUGUGCAGGUUUGUGUCAGUGUUUCUCGGGUCUUCAUUGCAGCUCAUUUCCCACAUCAGGUCAUUGCAGGAGUUGUUUCAGGAAUCGCUGUGGCCAAGGCUUUUAAUAGAGUGUCCUGGAUCUAUUCAGCAAGUUUGAAGAGUUAUGUGCACACCAUCCUCUGUCUUGUGUUCAUUGCACUGGGGCUUUAUGCAUUGUUGGAUGCUGCUUCAAUAGACCCCUACUGGAGCCUAAUGAAGGCACAGAAGUGGUGCAUUCAGCCUGAAUGGGUCCAUCUGGACACCACACCCUUCGCUGGCCUCCUACGCAACACCGGGGCCCUGUUCGGGCUAGGGCUGAGCCUCCAUUUGCCUAUUCAUGGUGACCUGCAAAAAAACAGGAACUGUGGAAACAGCGCCAUUUACAGACUGACCUGUACAGCAGCAACACUGCCCCUCCUGAGCCUCUUAGACUCAUUCAGACCUCCCACAAGCACUCGUGCGCUCUUCUGUGCACUUUCUUUCUGUAAGAGCGCCACUGUGCCGCUAACCACAAUAAGAUUUGUACCUUACUGCAUAAGCACAUUAGCAAAUGUAUACCACAGAAUGAAAGUAUAAUAAACUCGGAAAACACA